AUGGGGUUCGGCCGGCAGCCGGUAGCUGCUGACGCGUGCCCGGCAUCGCCGCUCGGCAGAAGCGUGACGAGAGGAUUCGCCGUGGAGCUCUAUUUCGAUACGGCCCUGGAGAACCAGAUACUCAGGAUUUGGAAUGUGCUGGCGAGGCGACGGUUAGGGAGCUACCUGAUAGAGACAUCUGCCAGGCCGCAUGUCAGUCUCUCUCUCCACACCCCAUCUGAUCUGGAACCUUCCAAGCUUCGCACAGCCAUAGAGAAUUUCGCUCAGCAGCAGCACCCCAUUCCCGUCGCCCUGGCUGCGGUCGGGAGCUUCCCAGCAGCUUCCGUGCCGCGACCCGCGUUCUCUCCCACGGCGGUCAACAGCACCAGCCAUGCUUCGACAGGGAAUAACUCUGUAAUGAGUACAGAUGGUGGGAAUAGCAGCAGCACCAGCAGUCCAGGCGCACGUGCAUCCAGUGGUGCUGCUGGUACUGGUGUUGGUGGUGGUGGUGGUGCUGCUGCUGCUGGUGCUACGGGUGUCUCAAGCCAAAACUCUCACCCUGGGGGAAACAAUGCAGCUGCUUCCGCCACAACCACGAGCAGCAGUAGCAGCAUCAGCAGCAGCAGCAGCAGCCAAUCAGUCGACCCCACUCGCACAAGCAACAGGGGCGCUGUUGCUGCUGCGACUGCUGCUGAGGGUUCCAAAGUAGCACCGGUAGCCACGAGUGCGCUGUUUCUGGCGCCAGUUCCUUCUAUUGCCCUGCUCACACUACACGAGCAACUGCAGGAGCUCCUGAAAAGACUAGCCAUUCCUUGCGACCCCAACUACCUGCCCGGAUCCUGGCUGCCCGUCUGCCCAGUCGCUCAAGAGCUGCCCGAAGAAAAACUUCCCAGCAGUUUCCACACCGUUCGAUCCCAGAAGCUGCCUCUUUCCGGGCACCUAUGUGAAAUAGGCCUUGUGGAGUUUGUUCCAUCUGGUGCUAGCACUGACUCACGCCAGCUCAGCGCCACCAAGGCGGAUGGUGGCAUGGCUGGGGUUGCUGUGAUUGGUAGUGGUGAUGGGGAGAAGGGAUGGGGGAGGGAGAAGGAAGGCGGGGUAGUACAGGGGCGUGUUAUAGAGCAUUACUCCUUCACACUUGGAGGGGACUUCAUGUGA